UGUGAAGAUAGUGGAGCUUCCUGAUGAAGAAAGCCGCUCAGAGACACGUCCGAGCGCAAGGAGUGACGAUAUGAAAGCUUGGGUCACCUCCACCCUCGGGAGCUCACUGAAACUAAUCAAUGAGAAACUCGAGGAGGUGGACCAGAAGGCGAAGAUGACGACCAACGAACGUGCGGAAUUGGAGCAGCUUCGUCUGGAAAAGCUGCGUACGGAUAAGGAGAAAGCAAAGAAGGGGAGUAAGGAGUCCAGCAGCGAAAAAGGGAAGCGUAUGGGGGCCCGCACACCGGUGGAGAACUCACCUUCCGCCGCGAGGGUUAAGUCCAGAUCGCGUCCUAGUACGAAGACGCGUCCGAAGCGCAUUGAGAUAUUGGAUGACGAAGGGGUGGCUGGCGUGAAGCAAAACCUCGAACCAAAGAUGGAAAGUUCCAGCGAGCUGGCGGACAUUAAGCAAAUGCUUGCUGCACUCCUCCAAGGGCUCAGCAACCCCAAAGGGAAGGAGAAGGUUGUGGAGCCACAGUUCUCGCCCCCAGUUGCCAUGGGAGAGGAGGAGGACACUGACGUGGUCCAGAAUGCCAAUGUGGAGGACGAUGAAGAAAUUGACGAUGGUGGACUAGCUGCAUACAUGAAGAUUCGCCUGGAGUACUAUAAUAGCUCAUUGCACUACACAAGAGUGCAGGAACUGUGCAAAGCGAAGAAUGUGCAGUAUUUUAGGAAAGAGAUGGGAGUCUGGGAGCUCGCUCGAAUCGAUCUGCAGGAAUACACGGACACUUUGAGUGUGGGACAGAACGGCGAAUGCUCACGAAAGCAACGCAUCAACACCAAUGAGCACGCAUCUGCUACCGAAGCAAAUGCAGUAAAGGAAAACUGAAGGGAUGUGGCGUGCGCUCCUUAAGAC